AUAAUAUCAUAUCAAAUAUAGCUUUUGUGUUUGUUUCUGUUUGUGUAAUUUUUAGAUUUCAAUAGAAUUGUAUUAUUUUGUCAAGAGCAGAAAACGAAUACUUAUAUUGGUUAUUCGUAGAUGGACACCAUUCCCACUUGUAGAGCAUGCUUAAAAACUUCAUUAUCUUAUGUGGAUCUGGAGACUCCUUUCGAGCAAAUAGAACUCGAGGCACCAUUGGAAAAACAUUCUAAUGUGCUUAUAACAUAUAUGGACUGCUUUCGAAGUUGUACACAAUUAACGGCUACCGAUAACGAAGGAAAAAUGCCCCAAAAUCUUUGCGAGAACUGUAGUUUUGAAUUAGGAAUUGCAUGGAAUUUUAUUCAAAAAGCCAUACAAUCGGACAAAAUUUUAAGCAAUGCAAUAGCAAAUUGUAAAGAGAUGCAAAGAAUUGAUGAUUCAAAUGGUUAUAAUAACAAAUAUAUUGAAAUUGCAACAGUAGAUGAUACAAGUGUUCGAUUAGAGGGGCUCACUAAAACAGAGAGUAAUAAAGAAAACAUUUCGCAAACUGAAGACGAUUUGAAGGAUUAUGUAGCAAUUCAGCAGUUUCCAAACUCAGAUUUGGUGGAAAACAUUGCAAAAGAAGAAGAAAGAAGUAACACAACCAUUAAAAAGAGUCCUUCCACAAAUUCAAUCGAAUCUGAACAAUAUUAUUUUCUUGAGUUAAUGGAUAUAUCCGAGAAUGAUGAAGGCAAAAUAAAUGUGAAUUCCACAGAAUGUGGCAAUGAUGUCGGGAAAAGCUUAAAAGAAGAUUCAAACAGUUCUGCCAUCUACUGUUCCAUUUGCCUUCAAUCAUUUGAAAAAUAUAGUCAACUUUCACUACAUUCACAAACACACACAGUUGUUGACGAUGAAACCAGCGUUUGCACAAUAUGUGAGAACAAUGUAUUUGAGGAGGAUAUGCCAGAACAUAUUAAAAUUACACAUUCAAAUAUUAUUAAGUGCAUGUAUUGUGAUUUUAGAUGUCCAGAGCUUAAUAUGUCAGACCAUAUGCAUCAUACCCAUUCCGGACCAAAGAAUUUUGUUUGUAAUAUUUGCGGUAAAAUACUUACUUCCUUAAACAUCUUGAAUUCACAUCUUAAGUACCACCAACGGAAAGAAGCAAACAUUAAAUCAGAUGCGUGUGAAAUAUGUAGCAAGCGAUUUUCCACUAAACAUUAUUUGCGCUUGCAUAUGGAGGUGCAUCGAAACGUACGUCAACUUCAUCAAUGUAAUUAUUGCGAUAAAAUGUAUGUUAGUAAAAUUGCUCUUGAUAAUCACAUUCGCCUUCAUAAAGGCGAAACAAUAAAGUGCGAUGAAUGUGGAAAGCAGUUUGUACGCCAGUACGAGUUGAAUGUGCAUAUGCGAUUCCAUACCCGUGACUAUCCAUUUAAAUGUGAAAUAUGUGACAAAAAAUUUGCAAUAAAGGGUCAUUUGCGUACGCAUAUGUGGAGGCACCAAGGAUUAAAAUUGCAAUGCGAAGAAUGUGGAAAGUUAUUCACUUCAACCAAGGCUUUGCAGGAACAUUCGUUUGUUCAUAGUGAAAUGCCAUUUCCUUGUAGCUAUUGUGGUCGAGGAUAUCCAUCAAAACAAAAAUUUAAAGUGCAUCUGAAAACUACGCAUCUUAUAGAGUUUACAGAAGCCGAGAUUCAAAAGGUUACAAAAUCUCAAACUCCAAAGCCUUUACAGCGAAAAAAACUGACAUUAGUUCAAGCAGAUAGCGUUAUGAAAGAGAUUGAAGUAAAGGAUGGUGAAACCACAAACGAGGCGGAGGAUAUAUUGGUAGAGCUUUGCUGACGCAUAUAUUCUCAUGUUUUUUUAAACUAAAUACUUUAUUUAUAACAAAUUUCAAAAAAUACAUUUGAAGUAAACUCACAUAUC